GAGGCCAGGGCGGGGUCUCCCGCAGUCUCCUGCCGAUCCCGAGUGGAGCCGGCCGCGGCAAGUGAGCGCACGGAGCCCGAGGAGACGCCGCGCCCCGUAGACGCCCCGGCCGGUCCCCGCCUUGCGUGUGGGGCCCGCCGGGAUGGGGAGUCGCCGAGGCCUGAGCCAGCCGCGGGCCGGCCUCUGCCUGCUCCUGGCCUCGCUGCAGCUUCUGCUCCGGACGCAGGCCGCAGACCCUGUGGAUGUGCUGAAGGCCCUGGGUGUGCGAGGGGGCCAGGCUGGAGUCUCUGAAGGGCCUGGCUUCUGCCCCCAGAGGGCCCCGGAGGGUGACCGGGCAUUCAGGGUUGGCAAGGCCACCACACUUGGGAUCCCUACGUGGGAGCUUUUUCCAGACGGGCACUUUCCCGAGAACUUUUCCGUGCUGAUCACUCUGCGGGGCCAGCCAGCCAACCAAUCUGUCCUUCUGUCCAUUUAUGAUGAGGGUGGUGCUCGGCAGCUGGGCCUGGCUCUGGGGCCAGCUCUGGGUCUUCUAGGUGACUCCUUCAGCCCCCUCCCCCAGCAGGUCAACCUCAUGGAUGGCAGGUGGCACCGUGUGGCAAUCAGUGUGGAUGGCAGGAUGGUGACUCUGGUGGCCGACUGUGAACCUCAGCCCCCCACGUUGGGCCAGGGGCCUCGAUUCAUUAGCACGGCUGGACUCACUGUGUUGGGAACCCAGGAUCUCGGGGAGGAGACUUUUGAGGGAGAUAUUCAGGAGUUGCUGAUAAGUCCAGAUCCUCAGGCUGCCUUCCAGGCCUGUGAGCGGUACCUUCCUGGCUGUGACAACCUGGACCCUAUAGCCACAGGGGCCCCCCAGGGUGAGCCAGAAACUCCAGCCCCUCGACGUAAGGGGAAGGGAAAAGGGAAGAAAAAAGGGCGAGGUCGUAAGGGGAAGGGCAGGAAGAAGAAGAAGAACGAGGAGACUUUGACCCCAAGCCUACCUCCUGGCUCCCUGGAGAACCAGACCUCCCCUGACAUCCCCCAAACAGAGACACCAGCUUCAACUUUACCUCCGAUUCCCACGCCUUUGGUCAUGACCACCACUGUGACUAUUGGCCACAAUGUCACCAUGCUAGAGGGGCCCCUGGACCCUGACAGUGGAACAGAACUGAGGACCCUGGAGACUAAGUUAGCCAAAGAAGACAAAGAAGGAGGUGGCCCUACCAUUGUCCCUGUCUUCCGGGCAGCAGAGCAGCCGUCACAGACUCAGUUCCAGAUUUUUUCUGGUGCUGGAGAGAAGGGAGCAAAAGGGGAACCAGCAGUGAUUGAACAGGGACAGAAGUUUGAGGGACCUCCAGGAGCCCCAGGACCCCGAGGGGUGGUCGGCCCCUCAGGCCCUCCCGGCCCCCCAGGAUUCCCUGGAGACCCUGGUCUACCGGGUCCUGCUGGCCUCCCCGGAAUCCCUGGCAUCGAUGGGAUCCGGGGUCUACCAGGCACUGUGAUCAUGAUGCCGUUCCAGUUUGCAAGCAGCUCCCUCAAAGGACCCCCAGUCUCCUUCCAGCAAGCCCAGGCGCAGGCAGUCCUGCAACAGGCUCAGCUGUCUAUGAAAGGUCCUCCUGGCCCGGUGGGGCUCACUGGGCGCCCAGGCCCUGUGGGUCUCCCUGGGUAUCCCGGUCAGAAAGGAGAGAUGGGAGAAAUGGGGCCACAGGGUCCCCGAGGCCUUCAGGGACCUCUUGGGCCCCCUGGCCGGGAGGGAAAGAUGGGCCGCUCUGGAGCAGAUGGGGCCCGGGGCCUCCCAGGGGACACAGGACCUAAGGGUGAUCGGGGCUUUGACGGCCUGCCAGGGCUGCCUGGUGAGAAGGGCCAAAGGGGUGACUUUGGCCAUGUGGGGCAACCUGGCCCCCCAGGAGAGGAUGGUGAGAAGGGAGCAGAGGGACCUCCGGGGCCCACAGGCCAGGCUGGGGAACCGGGCCCCCGAGGACUGAUCGGCCCUAGAGGCUCCCCUGGUCCCCUGGGACGCCCGGGUGUACUUGGGAUUGAUGGUGCUCCGGGAGCCAAGGGAAAUGUGGGUCCUCCCGGAGAACCAGGCCCUCCAGGACAGCAGGGAAAUCCUGGAUCCCAGGGACUCCCUGGCCCCCAGGGACCCAUUGGCACUCCUGGGGAGAAGGGCCCCCCUGGAAACCCAGGUAUUCCAGGCAUUCAAGGAUCUGAUGGCCCUCCGGGUCACCCAGGCCAUGAGGGUCCCACAGGAGAGAAAGGGGCCCAGGGUCCACCAGGGUCAGCAGGACCCCCGGGCUAUCCUGGACCUCGGGGUGUGAAGGGUACCUCUGGCAACCGUGGCCUCCAGGGGGAGAAAGGAGAGAAGGGAGAGGAUGGCUUCCCAGGCUUCAAGGGCGAUGGGGGGCUUAAAGGAGAUCGGGGACCCCCCGGGCCCCCCGGUCCUCGGGGAGAAGAUGGUCCCGAAGGGCUGAAGGGGCAGGAGGGGCUGGCCGGCGAGGAGGGGCCCCCAGGCUCAGCUGGGGAGAAGGGCAAGCUGGGGUUGCCAGGUCUCCCAGGUUACCCAGGACGUCCAGGCCCUAAGGGUGUGGCGGGUCCUCCAGGACAGAAGGGCUCAAAAGGUUCCCCGGGAUCCUUUGGUCCCCGUGGCGACACUGGCCCCCCUGGGCCCCCUGGCCCUCCGGUAGGUUCCCCAGGGAGUAUGUUGGGAGUGUCUGUCCCACUGGGACCCCAAGGCCCGGAGGGCGGCCUGGAGGAGGUGCUGGCCUCGCUCACGUCGCUGAGCUUCGAACUGGAGCAGAUGCGGCGCCCUCCCGGCACAGCUGAGCGCCCGGGCCUCGUAUGCAGUGAGCUGCACCGCAACCACCCGCACCUGCCGGAUGGGGAAUACUGGAUUGACCCCAACCAGGGCUGUGCGCGGGACGCGCUCAGGGUUUUCUGCAACUUCACGGCUGGAGGAGAGACCUGCCUCUAUCCCGACAAGAAGUUUGAGACCGUGAAAAUGGCCUCCUGGUCCAAGGAAAAGCCGGGAAACUGGUACAGCACAUUCCGUCGAGGGAAGAAGUUCUCCUACGUGGACGCUGACGGGUCUCCGGUGAACGUGGUGCAGAUGACUUUCCUGAAGCUGCUGAGUGCCACAGCCCACCAGAGCUUCACCUACUCCUGCCAGAACUCUGCCGCCUGGCUGGACGAAGCUGCAGGCGACUACGGCCGCUCCCUCCGCUUCCUCGGGGCCAACGGGGAAGAGGUGUCCUUCAACCAGACGACGGCAGCCACCAUCGCUGUCCCCUACGAUGGCUGCCGGCUCCGCAAGGGACAGACGAAGACCCUCUUGGAGUUCAGUUCUUCCCAAGUGGGGUUUCUGCCUCUGUGGGACGUGGCGGCUACUGACUUCGGCCAGACGAACCAGAAGUUUGGGUUUGAACUGGGCCCUGUCUGCUUUAGCAGCUGAGAGUCUUGGGGUGGGAGGGAUAAUGAGGGAGCCCCAGACGGGGCACUUUUGGUGCUGAGGCUUUGAAGCCACCGUAUUUAUCGUGUCCUGUGACUGUGGAGCCAGGGGAGGGUCUGCUCAUCACGGUCAAGCAGUCUUCCUUCUCCGUUCCAGGGGGCCGGGGGCUGCACUCCCCUGGCUCAAGUCUAGCCUCCCUUCACUGCACCACAGCUGACAUACCGUAGUCUGGCUCUGCCUGCCUGCCCAGCCCUCAGCUCCCCACCCCCGAGGCCCCAUGCAAUGAACUUCUAACUCAGAGCUGAUGAAUGCCCCCCCCAUGCCUGCCUCCCCGCCCCUCGGUCAGUGCCCCCAACACCUGGUGGUGCUCCCCUUCCCAAUAGUUAAGCACUGGAUGUCUCCUGAUCCCAGGCUGGGACCCCUUCGCUCACUCCUAUUUUCAGGUGGGUUCACAGUGAAGGCGCUGAAGUCAGGCUACAGAGGGAAGAGUGGGGCUUCCCUGGACUGAGCUGGGUGCUCCUUCCACUGCCUCAGCCCAGCUCUGAGUACUGCCCCCACCCAUAUCUCCCUGAACUCCCCUUGCCAUGCCAGGUGGUGGGGGAGCCAAGAUGGUGGGGGUGAGUCAGGAUCCUAAUGGUGCUGCCCUAUUUAUACCUGGGUCUGUAUUAAAAGGGAAAAUCCCCUCUGUUGUAUAUUUAAUCUGCUUCCUCCUUUAGGGAAGGCUGGGAUAUGAUGAGAGAGAUUCUAGCAUGAUCCCCACCCCUCCGGGGCCAUAGGGCAUAUUUGGCAUCUCAAGUCUGAGAAUAAACCAGUGAACUGUG